AUGAACAAAUCAUUUCCCGUUGUUUUUCUGCUUUUAUCCGUACACCGAUAUUCCGACAGUACGCAGUUCCUUGGCGUGCCUUCCCAGCACCGUUCCGGCGGUAUCACUAAGUGUGCCUUCUGCGAGUCCAUCUCAGGUGACGACCCCGACGAGUUUCCUGGAAGCGGAGGCUCCGGUUACGGCCACUCCGUCCGUCGGUAUAAACAAGAGAAAUCAUCUCCUUUGGUGCACCGUGAAAGUCGAAAGGAACUUGGGAAUGAAGUUACCGAUUCAAAGAUUUCGCAAGAACUUCAGUAUCCGAGAUUUGCUGACGAGAGAUGGAAAAAGGGGACGUGGGCUCUCAACAUGUUUGUAAGAAACGGAAGGAUGGAUUGGGAUGCUGUUAUCAUAGCCGGUCGCCCGAAGAUACCACCAACAGGAUCCGCACACCCUGUCCUCACCUUCGAAGAGUCGCCCAAAGAUACCACUGCAGCCGUCCAAAUUGAGGGGAAGCGCGGCAUCGGAGAAUACGAUCAGAGGAAAGAAGGGUGGAGGCUGCACACGGGCCGAUCAUCUCCGCAAGUGAUCGGAGCGGCCGGCUGCAAGGAGACGGCAAACAAGUUGAAGAAUGCA